GCGAGAGAGUGGCUGAGAUUGGCUUUUGCUCCCAUUUUCUUGCCCCCUUUCUCCCCUCUCUGACAAUCUCUGUCGUAUCUGUUUCUCACGGGUGUGCCUCUCUCUCCCCCUCUCUCUGGGCUGCGUCUCAGCCACACUCACGCUCUUCCUUACCCCCCACACUUAUCGCUUGUGGCUCUGUAUCCCUAGCAAAGGGGCACGAUGGGAGACGUCGCUAAGGACCUUACUGCAGGAACUGUUGGAGGGGCAGCACAAUUGAUAUGUGGACACCCAUUUGACACCAUAAAGGUCAAGCUUCAAAGCCAGCCCGCACCAGCCCCUGGCCAGCCUCCCAAGUAUGCUGGCGCCAUGGAUGCAGUCAAGCAAACAUUAGCAGCUGAAGGCCCAAGGGGCUUGUACAAAGGUAUGGGCGCUCCACUUGCAACAGUGGCAGCUUUCAAUGCUGUCCUGUUCACAGUAAGGGGACAAAUGGAGGCAUUGUUGAGAUCGCAUCCCGGUGCCCCUCUUACAGUAAAUCAGCAGUUUGUUUGUGGUGCUGGUGCUGGAGUUGCUGUUUCCUUUCUAGCGUGCCCAACUGAGCUAAUCAAAUGCAGGCUGCAAGCACAAAGUGCGCUGGCAGGUUCUGGAGCAGCUACUGUGGCUGUGAAGUAUGGGGGACCCAUGGAUGUGGCCCGGCAAGUUCUCAGGUCAGAAGGGGGUGCGAGAGGUCUUUUUAAGGGCUUGGUUCCGACAUUAGCUCGUGAAGUACCUGGAAAUGCUGUUAUGUUUGGUGUAUAUGAAGCAAUAAAGCAAUUAAUUGCUGGAGGCAAGGAUACUUCUGGACUUGGUAGAGGUUCUUUGCUAGUUGCUGGAGGCUUGGGAGGAGCUUCCUUCUGGUUCUUAGUGUACCCAACUGAUGUUGUGAAGAGUGUGAUUCAGGUAGAUGAUCACAAAAAUCCCAGGUAUUCUGGUUCAUGGGAUGCCUUUAGAAAGAUUAAAGCUUCAGAGGGAUUCAAAGGCCUCUACAAGGGUUUUGGUCCUGCAAUGGCGCGAAGUGUUCCUGCAAAUGCCGCUUGCUUCUUGGCUUUUGAGAUGACAAGAUCAGCUCUGGGCUGAUCAGUUCUUAUGAGGAUACCAUUUAGUGCCCAGGUCUCCCAUUUUCUCUUAGUCUGGUCCCAAAAAGGCAAAAGCCAUAAUAUUUAUGUUCAUUGCAAUACAGCCCCACCCGUUCAUCUUCUGUCAGUUCUUCAAUCUUUAGUCUUCGAGGAAUAAUCAUUCUUUUAUCAGCAGUGAUAUUUACUUCUCGCUCCACACCUUCGUUCUAUGUUCAUGCUUGAAAUUUUAUAAAGGGGCUUGGAUUGGUUGAUCUGUCA